AUGUUCUCUACAAUAACAUUUGUUUCUCCGAAUCUCUGCUUUCUUCAAUCACCACCACCACCGUUCCUUGUCGAUAUUCACCUUUCCACGUCUUUAAACCACAGCCAUGAACCCUUAAAGAAACCCAGAAACAUCUGUAGCAGUACCCAUGAGGAUCAACGUUUUCAGUGUUCUUCAGCAAAGCGUAAUGAGUAUCAGACACACUCAGAUGAUAAACUUCCAUCUUGUUCUGAUAAUAGUGGCGAGAGCUACGUCGUCAACGGCAAAACUCUCGGUAAUUUGCUUCACUUUUCUGGUUCGAUUAAAGAAGUUAAAAGAUUACAUGGUGUAGUUUCAAAGUGUCGGGGAGACUCAAGGAUGUUUCUUGACAACAAUUUGAUAAGUGGGUAUCUUCGAAUGGGGUGUUUGAGUGAUGCACGAAAGGUGUUUGACGAAAUGCCUGAAAGAACUGUCGUUUCUUGGACUGCUAUGCUUGGUGGGUAUUUAAAAUACGGGUUUGAAGAUGAAGCAAUGAGGUUGUUUAUGGAUUUUGUUAAAAGUGGGAUUCGGGCAAAUCCUAAAACUUUUGUGUGCCUAUUGAAUCUAUGUAGCAGGAGACUAGAUUUUGAGCUUGGAAAACAGCUCCAUGCUUGCGUAUUCAAAGGGCGUUUUGGUAAUUUAAUCGUUGAUAGCUCACUAGUCUAUUUCUAUGCACAAUGUAGUCACUUAGAAGAAGCAUUUCGUGUAUUUAACAACAUGCAAGGGCGCGAUGUCGUUUCCUGGACUACAAUAAUAACCGCGUGUUCUCAACAUGGACAAACCAAAGAAGCAUUCACUUUAUUUUCACAAAUGUUAAAUGACGGAUUUGCCCCUAACGAGUUCACAGUUUGCAGCGUGUUAAAAGCAUGUGGCGAAGAACAAGCUAUAAAAUUUGGGAAACAAUUACACGCAACCAUAGUCAAAAAGCUAUUCAAAAACGAUGUUUUUCUAGAAACUUCCUUAGUUGACAUGUACGCAAAAUGUGGUGAAAUAGAAGAUUCUAGAAUUGUGUUUGAUAGAAUGAGAAGAAGAAACAUGGUGACAUGGACUUCAAUUAUAGCAGGGUAUGCACGAAAUGGCCAUGGUGAAGAAUCCAUCAAUCUUUUUAGAAUAAUGAAAAGAAGAAAAAUCUAUGUUAAUAAGUUAACAAUGGUGAGUUUGAUUAGAGCAUGUGGGAUUAUCAAAGCGUUACAAAUUGGUAAAGAAUUACACGCACAAAUCCUCAAGAAUCACAUAGAAGACAAUAUCUACAUAGCAAGCACUCUUGUUUGGUUAUAUUGUAAAUGCCAAGAUUACCCUUCUGCAAACAAUGUCCUCCAAAGAAUGAAGUUUAGAGAUGUGGUUUCUUGGACAGCUAUGAUUUCGGGGUGUACAAAACUCGGGCAUGAACAUGAAGCUCUUGAGUUUUUAAAAGAAAUGGUGGGAGAAGGUGUGACUCCAAAUCCUUUUACAUUUUCUUCAGUGUUAAAAGCUUGUGCUAAAAUGGAAGAUAUAUGGCAUGGAAAAGUGAUUCAUUCAUCUAUUAGUAAAUCUCCUUCUUUUGAUAAUGUGUUUGUGGGAAGUGCUUUGAUUAAUAUGUAUUCAAAAUGUGGGUAUGUUGAAGAUGCAAUUGAGGUGUUUGAUAAUAUGCCUGAGAAGAAUUUGGUGUCAUGGAAAGCUAUGAUUGUUGGAUAUGCUAAAAAUGGGAUGUGUAGAGAGGCUAUGAAGUUGAUGUAUCGAAUGGAGGCUGAAGGUAUUGAGGUGGAUGAUUAUAUUCUUGCAACGGUUCUUACUGCUUGUGGUGAUUUUGAAUGGAAUGAAGAUGAAUAUCCAUCUAAAUAUUGCUUGAAGAAAGAAAGUUGA